AUGGCCGAGUUUACCGUGCCCGCACUCGAUCUGGCCGCGGAGCGCCUCUCCAAACUCUUUCCUUCAAGCGACGAGACCCGAACACUGUCGGAUGCGGAGAUUGAGCAGGUCGCGACACUCCUCGAGGGCCAGGAUGAGGUCUACAGCCAAGCGCCGCGCGCAUACAUCGUUCUUUGGAUCAUUGGGCGCUUGGACAUCCUCGAAGACCUGCUCAAGUCUGGCUUCUCGGACUUUUGCUUCCCAGUGGAGUCAACCUCUCUCCCGCCGAGCCUCGACCCAGCCGUGCGACGCGCUAUUGUGCAGACACAGCAUGUCGUCCUGACAAAAUCCGUGGAUCUGGAGAAGGGUGAAAACGGGAAGCAUCGACACUUCGGCAAAGAGGAUCCGCUGCCUUUCAAGACGCUGCGCAGGCUCGGCGCUGGAGGUUACAGUCAGGUCGAUUUGAUAAAGAGCAGGAUAAGCUGCAAGCAGUACGCCCUCAAACGCAUUCCUCGCCGCACGGCGUUUUGGAACAAUUCCAAGCAAGCGGUGAGGCAGUUCGCAGCAGAGAUGCAGCUCAUCAAGGCCUUGAAGCACAGGCACAUCGUGCAGUUCGUUGGGAGUUUUACAGACCCCAAGUACCUGGGCAUGAUCAUAUCCCCUGUGGCCGAUAUGAACCUCGCGGAGUACAUGGACCUCAUGGCGGCCCAGAAAGCGCCCCCGAAUUUGACAUCCCUGCGAAGUUUCUUUGGGUGUCUGGCAACGGCUCUCCAGUAUCUGCAUGACCAGUCUAUCAGACAUCGCGACAUCAAGCCCCAGAACAUCCUUAUCGAUGGAGGGAAUGUACUUUUCACUGAUUUCGGUCUUUCCAAAGACUAUUCCGAUCAUGCAGGGAGCACCACGUCGGGAGUAACGGCAAUGACGCCUCGUUAUUCUGCUCCAGAGGUUGCAGCGGGCGAUCCUCGCAACACAUCUGCAGAUAUCUGGUCUCUCGGCUGCGUCUUCCUCGAGAUGGUCGUGGUUCUGAAGCAUCACAGCACGGAGUGGAUGCGCGGCUAUUUUUCAGAUCAUGGUACGAAGGAGCCAUACGCCAGCCGAAAUCCUGAUGCAACAUCGACCCUAAUUACAAGACUCCGGGAAACUGGAUCACUCCAAGACAACAAGAUGCUCGACCUGUCUCAGAGCAUGCUGAGUUUUGACCGUGAAUCCAGGCCAACAGCAGCAGAGGUGGUGAUCACCAUAACAACACCUUCUGGGGAUGAUCUUUCUGCGACAAUGUUUUGCGGUAUCUGCUGUCUGGCCGAGGAGGCUCUGUCAGAUUCAAACGAUAGCUUGGCUGAUGACAUUCAAACUACUCCCGGAGGCCCGAGACAACCGUUUCCUCGCCAUGAUUCAACGAAAAAGACAAUUCAGACAGCAAUAGCACCAGUCCUUGAAAGCAGUGGCCAGAUACUGAGACUACGAGAGGAUUCUCUAGCACAAGAUCUGACCAACACUCCGGAGGCAUCCAGUACGAAGGCUUCUACAACGGACAACAGUUCAAAUAGCCACAACGGCUCCGCACUCUCUGAAUGGGACAGCUCAUUUGAGCACACCAUAGAGCAUACCAUAGACAAUGACUUCUCUCUCACACCUUUCACCGUGGACUAUUGGGCACUACAGCAUGAUGCAUCAAAAUCACCUGACCCAUCUUCUUCAUCGGCACCUGAGGUCAUGGAAGAGGAUUCUGUCCCAAUCGCUCCACUUGAACUACAUCCGAGCCAAGGCUCCUCUCAGCUGGGAUUCCAACUACAAAGCAAGUCAUGCACCUCCGACGAAGCCGCCGACGAUUGGCCAAUGGUGUCAGAGACCAGUGAUUUGACAGACAGGAACAAUGACCCAGAGCAAGGCACUUCAUCAGAUCAGGAACAGCUACUUUCGCUUUCUGAAGCUAUCACUGAUCCAAGCCUAUUUCCCGGGGCAGAAGAAAUUCAUCAUACGUGGGCAAACAAUCCGUGGGAGGAACAGCCGCGCGUCGUGCAGACAGAAGAGCCCGAGAGCCAGGAUAGCUCCAAACCAGGAGAACCGGACUCAUCUUCCAUCAAGACAGCUGAUCAGAAGCUUCGGUCUCGAGCACUUAUGCGGAAAGCGUUCAGCGCCGUACAACUAUCGUCUGAAAAGUCUAACAAUCAGUCUCAAGGCGCAUGGUGGCGACUUGUAAGAGGCCGAGGAGGGUCUGAAGGGAGGAUUCCAAACAACAUACUCGACCAAUCUCUGAAGCCCAAGAAGGAAAUCACGAAACUGUCUCCUUCUAUCAUCAUUGAUAGCCAAAGCCAACCGCCCUACCCUAUCUUCAGAAAUUACCUCCACAAAUGUAUCUUUACUGGCGUAAGCGUCCAAUAUUCAUCCGGAGUCGCAAAGGAAAAUAAGGUGGCCUACCUGCCAAUAGUUGUCGUCGAAUGCGUCAGUUUCUUGAAAUCAGCAGGUCAUCGUCAAACCGUAAACUUCCAUAUUCCAAAGAACGAUCUCAGCCUCGGCUUUCUUACACGGCGUUUCGAAACCGCGCCUCACUUCGGUCUGGGCCAGGAGUGGCCACCAUUCAGCACUGAGCAUACCGCAAGCCUGCUCCUCUACUUUCUCAGACGACUUGGCGAUCCGCUGAUCCCGUUCAAAUAUUUCGAGGCCUUCUGUAUUCCGUGCGCGGCAAAGAGCGGCUUCUCUGAAGCCAAGAAACUCAACCUUUUCCGCAAGCUUAUCGGCGAACUGUAUCCAGUGCAGCGAGACCUCCUGCUCUACGUGUUGGACUUCUUCAGGACCUUCUCCACCACGGCUGCCGACAUGGAGCUUCUCGCGCUUCGUUUCCUGAACGUCUUUUUCCGCGGACCCUCCAGCGUUACUUCGCUCUUCGACGGUAGCGAUAUAAGGACACUGUUGUCUACAAUUGUUUUCCUCAUUGACCACCAUAAUGGACUGGUUUCGGACGAGCACGAGAACGCGAUCGAGCGGACAUGGCUUGAGGAGACUGGCCCUUUUGAGCAAAGAAUCCACCAACCUUCCGUCCUUGUGCCAACCACCACCGACACGAAUGUAGUUCUGGCCGUGUAA